CUCUGGGAGCGGACACCUCGAGCGGGGGGUGCGGGCGCCGCCGCCGCCGCCGCCGCUUCUGCUGCUGCUGUUCCUGCUGCUGCUGUUGGUGCCGCUGCCGCCGCCGGCGAGCGGGCGGGACCGGUGUGAGUGUGAGAGUGUGUGUGAGUGAGCGUGUGCGAGGGCGAGUGUGCGUGCGUGUGUGUGUGUGUGAGUGUGUGUGUGUGUCUGUCUGUCUGUGCGGGGACUCGGGGGCGGGCGGUUCGGGCUCUCCUGGCGGAGGAGCCGCCGCCGCCGCCGCCGCCGCCGCCGCUCGGGCCCCGGCGCUUCUCGCUGCGCAGGUUUGGAGCGCGCGCCAUUUUGUGAGAUUUACAAAAUCCUCCUCGGGAAGAAGCCGCCGGGAUCGGCCGCGACUCGGCGCCCGGCCUCGCCGCCGCCGCCCUCCGCGCCGCGCCGGGCCGCGCGGCCCCGCCGCCGGGAGUCGGGGUCCGGGGACUGCGGUAUUUGCCGGGGAGGGGGCUGUCGCCUCCCCGGCCCCGGGCGCCGCUGGAACCGCGGAGCCGGAGAGAGACUGAGAAGGCUGCGGCUCGGCCGCGGAGCCGGGAGCGCCGGGGGCGGAGAGAAGCGGCCGGGGCGGCGCUGGCUGCGGAGGCCGCGGCGGGAGCGCAGCGGCGGGAGCCCGAGGCUGAGACUCACCGGAGGGAGCGGCGCGAGCGCCCCGCCAUCGUCCCGUGUUAUAGUUUUGCUGCUGGACUCUUCCCUCCCUCCCCCCACCCCAUCAGGAUGAUAUGAGACUUGAAAGAAGACGAUGCAUACAGGAGGAGAGACUUCAGCAUGCAAACCUUCAUCUGUUCGGCUCGCACCGUCAUUUUCAUUCCAUGCUGCUGGCCUUCAGAUGGCUGGACAGAUGCCCCAUUCACAUCAGUACAGUGACCGUCGCCAGCCAAACAUAAGUGACCAACAGGUUUCUGCCUUAUCUUAUUCUGACCAGAUUCAGCAACCUCUCACUAACCAGGUGAUGCCUGAUAUUGUCAUGUUACAGAGGCGGAUGCCCCAAACCUUCCGUGAUCCAGCAACUGCUCCCCUGAGAAAACUUUCUGUUGACUUGAUCAAAACAUAUAAGCAUAUUAAUGAGGUUUACUAUGCAAAAAAGAAGCGAAGACACCAACAGGGCCAGGGAGACGAUUCUAGUCAUAAGAAGGAGCGGAAGGUUUACAAUGAUGGUUAUGAUGAUGAUAACUAUGAUUAUAUUGUAAAAAACGGAGAGAAGUGGAUGGAUCGUUACGAAAUUGACUCCUUGAUAGGCAAAGGUUCCUUUGGACAGGUUGUAAAAGCAUAUGAUCGUGUGGAGCAAGAAUGGGUUGCCAUUAAAAUAAUAAAGAACAAGAAGGCUUUUCUGAAUCAAGCCCAGAUAGAAGUGCGACUUCUUGAGCUCAUGAACAAACAUGACACUGAAAUGAAAUACUACAUAGUGCAUUUGAAGCGCCACUUUAUGUUUCGAAACCAUCUCUGUUUAGUUUUUGAAAUGCUGUCCUACAACCUCUAUGACUUGCUGAGGAACACCAAUUUUCGAGGUGUCUCUUUGAACCUAACACGAAAGUUUGCACAACAGAUGUGCACUGCGCUGCUUUUCCUCGCGACCCCAGAACUUAGUAUCAUUCACUGUGACCUAAAACCUGAGAAUAUCCUUCUUUGUAACCCCAAACGCAGUGCAAUCAAGAUCGUUGACUUUGGCAGUUCCUGUCAGUUGGGGCAGAGGAUAUACCAGUAUAUUCAGAGUCGCUUUUAUCGGUCUCCAGAGGUGCUACUGGGAAUGCCUUAUGACCUUGCUAUCGACAUGUGGUCCCUUGGGUGUAUUUUGGUUGAAAUGCACACUGGAGAACCUCUGUUCAGUGGAGCCAAUGAGGUAGAUCAGAUGAAUAAAAUAGUGGAAGUUCUGAGUAUUCCACCUGCUCACAUUCUUGACCAAGCACCAAAAGCAAGAAAGUUCUUUGAGAAGUUGCCAGAUGGCACUUGGAACUUAAAGAAGACCAAAGAUGGAAAACGGGAGUAUAAACCACCAGGAACCCGUAAACUUCAUAAUAUUCUCGGAGUAGAAACAGGAGGACCUGGUGGGCGUCGUGCUGGGGAAUCGGGUCAUACCGUGGCUGACUACUUGAAGUUCAAAGACCUCAUUUUAAGGAUGCUUGAUUAUGACCCCAAAACUCGAAUUCAACCAUACUAUGCCCUGCAGCACAGUUUUUUCAAGAAGACAGCUGACGAAGGUACAAACACAAGUAACAGCGUGUCCACGAGUCCCGCGAUGGAGCAGUCACAGUCCUCCGGAACCACCUCCAGCACGUCCUCCAGCUCAGGUGGAUCGUCGGGGACGAGCAACAGUGGGAGAGCCAGGUCAGACCCGACGCACCAGCACCGGCACAGCGGCGGGCACUUCACAGCUGCCGUCCAGGCCAUGGACUGUGAGACUCACAGUCCCCAGGUGCGUCAACAAUUUCCUGCUCCCCUUGGUUGGUCAGGCACUGAAGCUCCUACACAGGUUACUGUUGAAACUCAUCCCGUUCAAGAAACAACCUUUCAUGUAGCCCCUCAACAGAAUGCAUUGCAUCAUCACCAUGGAAAUAGUUCCCAUCACCAUCACCACCACCACCACCACCACCACCACCACGGACAACAAGCCUUGGGUAACCGGACCAGGCCAAGGGUCUACAAUUCUCCAACGAAUAGCUCCUCUACCCAGGAUUCUAUGGAGGUUGGCCAUAGUCACCACUCCAUGACAUCCCUGUCUUCCUCAACUACUUCUUCCUCUACGUCCUCCUCCUCUACCGGUAAUCAAGGCAACCAGGCCUACCAGAAUCGCCCGGUGGCUGCUAACACCUUGGACUUUGGACAGAAUGGAGCUAUGGACGUUAAUUUGACCGUCUACUCCAAUCCCCGCCAAGAGACUGGCCUAGCUGGACAUUCAGCGUACCAAUUUUCUGCUAAUACAGGUUCUACACAUUACAUGACUGAGGGACAUCUGACGAUGAGGCAAGGAGCUGACAGAGAAGAGUCCCCCAUGACAGGAGUUUGUGUGCAACAGAGUUCUGUAGCUAGCUCGUGACUAAAUUGAAACUUGAGUUUGUUUCUUGUGUGUUUUUAUAGAAGUGGUGUUUUUUUCCAAAAAACAAAGUGCAAAGCUGCUUGCAUCAGAAGGAGAUUAACACACUGAACCGCUACAAGAGGGCAAAGCUGACUUUUUUUUCUUUUUCUUUUUUUUUUUUUUAACUUGAAAAGAUUGCAAAGGGACAAUGAAGUUUUUCAAAGAGCCAUGUCCACAAACCCGUCGUCACGGAGAGCGCAGAGGUGUCCUCUUUUCGCCUCCCCCAUUUUAACUUGCCACACCCCAGCCGUAGUGGGUUUUUUUGUCUUUUCUGUUCCACAGAAGUUAAUGUUCAGAUGUUGGUCUUGGUCAUUUGCCAACUAAUUUUAAAAUAAAAAGGCACUGCACAUAAUUUGCAUAAAGGGCCCCACGAGGGUGUUUUUUUUCCUUUUUGUUUUUUCCUUUUUCCUCCCUUUACCCCCCUCCCCCCCCCCUCGUUUGUUUUGUUUUGGGUGGGGGGUGGGAUAUUUGGGUUUUUAAGUCCUCUAAACACACUUGGGCACGGAAACGCAGUACUGUAAGGAAGAGGGACCUCCAGCUGACACAAACAUCACCUUCAGCUGUAUGGAAGGGACGGUUGUUUUGGAGUUUGUUUGUAAGGCACAGUGAGCAUGCUAAGUGGCGGGGAUCAGAACUCUCCUGUCUGAACCUACUGAGGAGCAAAGCAGCAAUUACAUGGGAUCCCGUGGGUCUCCUGUUGGAGAGGCCACGGUAGAUAGUAAUGGAACGUGACUGGUCUCCUAACCGAGGUGCACUGAGAAGCAAUCAACGGGUCAGUCGUGGCCAGUCCUGGGGAGGUCUGAGUGGUGGUCUUUGGGAUAACCUUUGGCCUUAUGGAUUUGGACUCGAAAUUAGAAGAGCCUACCAUUUCAGAUGCAAUCACUUUUGGACAUGCUUUUGCAGACAGUCCUUAAUGCUGAAAACACAGAGAAUGGGUAAUUCAAGAGGCCUUUCUUUUAAAAUAGACUUUUGUGACCCACUAAUUGUAAGGUAUUGCAAGGUCACUUUGCGUGUGUCAUAAAGUUGACUUCCUUAUUGGUUGAAGGUCACAGAAGUAGUGGUUUGCUUUGAUGGAAAUAGCUACAGCUGUGUCCCUUCCUGCUUUUUACUUUUUUUGUUUUUUUUUUUUUGUUUUUGUUUUUUUUUUGUUUCGUUUUUGCUUUUUUUCUCGGCACGUGGUAUCUCCACCAUUUCUUCUGCACAAAGAUGUCUUCUGUUCAUCCUGAACAUUUUUAAAAAAUGCAGAAUUUUAUGUGACUGCUUUUUUGCCUCACAAUUAUGCUGUGAAUUUUACAAAAAUUUAUUUUCUUUUUUGAUAAUUUAUUGUACCAAAGCUGUUUUUAUAGCACAUAGAUGUCUGUAACCAAUAAUGUAGCAGUCCUGCACUUUGACACAAGGUGUAACUAGACCAUUUUUAAAUGUCAGUUGAAAAUUAUGGCUGUACUAUUGCUUAAACAAAACUGGAACUGUUGUUGAAUCCAUAGCCAAUACACCUACAGCAAUCUGUGUUCUGAACAUAAUCGAUUGACAUCUAAUUCAAGAUGACAGCAUCUGUUACAUUCUAAAUGUGUUCAGGCUUCUGAAGGUAAAGGGACACUGGAUCCAGAAGCUAUGGAACCAGCAGUCGAUUCUUGUAUUCCUGAUUAACCUACUUGUAAACUUGAAAGCAAGACCUUGAUUGCACCAACAGGUCCAAAAUAUGAGCACGAGUAAAGCAAAACUCUCAUGCGUGACCUGAAGUGAACAGGCUGGUGUUUAACAGGUGCCUAGUUUUGAGAUUAUGCUGCCUUAAUGUAACACAGUCUGGCAGUUGCUAAAUUUGUGUUCCCAUUUUAAAUUGACCAAUUUUAGGGUGUUAUACUUUUGAGCGGUUGAAUUGGGAGAAUGAAGAUAAGUAAUUUAUCUGUCCAGGAUCAAAAGAAGCCUAGGAAAGAAGCAGUAAUCUACCUCUGCCGAUAACCCUGUUCAAAACAACUCAGCAGAACACCACAUUACUUUUUAUUGGUCAAUUCCAUGUGGCUGACUAGGUCAAUUUUUUCUGAACAAAAAGCAGGUUUUUAUAUGUAAACAGUGACAAAAAGAAAGGCUUAAAACUAUGUGAAUGUGAAUGGAAACUUGGAAAUACCGUUUUUAUAAUCCACAAAAUUUUUUUGUUGUUAAUCAGGAAAUCCAUAUUUAUUUUGUAAUUAAAUGUCAAGCCUGUGGAUGAUUUUUGAACUUGGUAGUUCAUAAAAGUUUACAGUGAAUAAAAGGAUAUCAUCUUGAGUAUAGCAAUAUCAAAAGGAAUCAGUAGUUACUGCUGUUUAGGACUAUAAGGGGAAGAUAUUAUAUGGGUCAGGUCAUUUUUUUCUGUGCUGGUUGCCACAUCUUAGCAAGCACCAAAAACGAAAGCAGUUUUUAAACCGCUAUUUACAUAAAGGAAAUCAUAAAAUCCAAUGCUUCUGCAUACUGUGUUAUGUUACAGUCCAGUUUUGUGUGCUUUACUACACGGUUUGGUUACAGGACUUCUGUGCAUUGUAAAACAUAAACAGCAUGGAAAAGGUUAAAUACCUGUGUGCAGAUUGUAAGAUCUGGUCCGGACUUGCUGUGUAUAUUGUAACGUUAAAUGAAAAAGAACCCCCCUUUGUAUCAUAGUCAUGCGGUCUUAUGUAUGAUAAACAGUUGAAUAAUUUGUCCUCA